AUGGGCUCAUUCGAUCGAGACGAGCGUACAUAUCCGCUCAAACGUCCAAGAGGGCACAAGCCGCCUGUUCAGCGGUGGUCAUUGAAAUUUCCCGCGGCGGUCACAUAUAUCUACACGCUUUACGUUGGAAUACAGUCUCGCGGAAAUGGUUCAGCCGCACAAAGCAAAGCAGAGAGCAUAGUGCAGGCUCUGCUGGACGAAAGCAAGGCGCCAGCGAUUGACACGUUCCGCGUCACAAACGGCUUCGAUGUCAAGGGCUCUCGUGUCUGGGUCGCCUACUGGACCAACGAAGAGGACUUUAAAUCAGCCUUGAAGCUGCUAGAUCUCGCACGGAUCUGGGAAAGUCUCGGGGACGACAAGCACGAUGUCGGCAUAUGGCGGGAGGACUUCGCAGCACCCAAGGAGAGACUGGAAACGAACUACGCAAGACUCGACCAUAAACCUGGCCUUGCAAGGCUACCAGAUACCGAGCAGCCAUCUCACGACUUGACGGCAUACUGGGGAGCUGGCCGAGACCGCAUCCCAGCCUCCGCCCACGAUCGGUUCGAGACACCGAAGGAGAUACCCCUGCCAUCCAACGUGCCAAAAGGCUUCGGCCAGAGACUCACCGGCAGCAACUACGAGAACAUGUGCCACAUUCGAUCGGGCCAAUGGUGGGAACUCUGCGAAGAAGCAGAACGCGAGUCGUAUGAGAACGACUUGGAGCCGAAGCUCAUGGGCGGUAUGAACUACCUGUGGGAGCAUCCCGAGGAGACUGGCACCAUUGGUCUGCGAUUCCUGCAGAACCUGAACGACAAUGGCGAGCCGAUCAAGGAGACGUGCGGUGCGGGCUUCCACAAGAAUUGGGCGGAUCUGGAGAAGUGGUCUUCGCGCCAUCCGUCACAUCUGGCGAUCUUCAAUGGAAUGGUGGCGCACGCGAAGAAGUUUGGUGAUGGUAGGAAGUUGAUGACAUGGCAUGAGGUGUGGAUCUUCAAGGAGGGAGAGGCGAGGUUCGACUAUGUCAAUUGUGAUCCGACGACAGGUGUUAUUCGUUUCGUGGAGCUGGAGCAACAGCCACUAUCGACUUGA